GGUCCGAGCAGAAGCUGACGUCACCCUAGAGACAGAUGUCUUGGAUUCGGGAAGGAGAGCUAAGCCUUCUUGAAAGGAUCUCUGCCAACAUCCUGAGGGCAGGGCCGAUGCCCAGACACGUCGCCUUCAUUAUGGACGGGAACAGACGUUUCGCACGUAAGAAACACGUGGAAAGACAGGAGGGCCACACUCAGGGCUUUGACAAGCUGGCUGAAACGCUCCGCUGGUGUCUGAACCUGGGCAUCCAUGAGGUAACGGUGUAUGCCUUCAGCAUCGAGAACUUCAAACGCUCCAAAGAGGAAGUGGAUGGUCUGCUGGCGCUGGCUAAAGAGAAGUUCCUCCGGCUGCUUGAAGAGCAAGAGAACCUCAAGAAGCACGGUGUGUGUAUUCGGGUCUUGGGAGACCUCACGUUGCUGCCUGAAGAUCUCCAGAGGCUCAUCGCCAAAGCCGUGGUUUCGACUAGAGCACACACCAGGUGUUUUCUGAACGUCUGCUUCGCGUACACAUCAAGACAUGAAAUCGCGAGCGCGGUCCGGGAGAUGGCUUGGGGAACCGAGCAGGGCCUCAUAAAGUCCAGUGACGUGUCCGAAGCAUUGUUGAGUCAGUGCCUGUACACCAGCAGCUCUCCCAACCCUGACCUCCUGAUUCGUACUUCUGGAGAGGUGCGCCUCAGCGACUUCCUGCUCUGGCAGACAUCCCACUCUUGCAUAGUGUUUCAGUCCGUCCUCUGGCCAGAAUACUCGUUUUGGAACCUCUGCGAGGCGGUCCUACAGUACCAGCUGAAUUAUCGCUCUAUCCAGAAAGCACGGGAGCUGCACAUGGAAAACGAAGCGGCACAGCAGCUGGAGUCUGAUUGUGCGUGUGUAGCCGAACUUCUUCAGCAGGGUGGAAACGGCAAGCCUGUGGAUGCCCGCUCCCGGCACGCAGCACUGCUGAGCUACACGGCCAGCCGAGAGGAGAGAGUCAGCCGCUUCCUUGGCGCCCUACAGAACAAGAGAGACACUUACUUCGAGCAUAUGAGCAGCCCGACUGCUGUUGCUUAAACAUCGGUCUAUUACAAAUUGUCCGGUGCU